GAAGCCCUCCCGCUCGUCCCCGCUCCCGAGCCCUGCCCAGCCCUGCCCUGCGCCUCCCGGGCUCCGCUCCGCGCGGCAGGGUCCCGGCUCCUGCGCCCCGGGCGCGCCUCCCGGACACCCCGGUCCCCGCUGCCAGGACAAAGCCAUGAAGCCGGCGCUGCUGGAAGUGAUGAGGAUGAACAGAAUUUGCCGGAUGGUGCUGGCCACUUGCUUGGGAUCCUUUAUCCUGGUCAUCUUCUAUUUCCAAAGUAUGUUGCACCCAGUCAUGCGGAGGAGCCCCUUCGGCGUGGACAUCUGCUGCCGGAAGGGGUCUCGCAGCCCCCUGCAGGAACUCUACAACCCCACUCAGCUGGAGCUCUCGAGCACCGCCGUCCUGCACCAGAUGAGGCGGGACCAGGUCACCGACACCUGCCGGGCUAACAGCGCCGUGAGCCGCAAGCGGCGGGUGCUGACCCCCAACGACCUGAAGCACCUGGUGGUGGACGAGGACCACGAGCUCAUCUACUGCUACGUGCCCAAGGUGGCGUGCACCAACUGGAAACGGCUCAUGAUGGUGCUGACCGGCCGGGGCAAGUACAGCGACCCCAUGGAGAUCCCGGCCAACGAGGCGCACGUGGCGGCCAACCUCAAGACCCUGAACCAGUACAGCAUCCCGGAGAUCAACCACCGCUUGAAAAGCUACAUGAAGUUCCUGUUCGUGCGGGAGCCCUUCGAGCGGCUGGUGUCGGCCUACCGCAACAAGUUCACGCAGAAGUACAACACGUCCUUCCACAAGCGCUACGGCACCAAGAUCAUCCGGCGCCAGCGCAAGAACGCCACGCAGGAGGCGCUGCGCAGGGGCGACGACGUCAGGUUCGAGGAGUUCGUGGCCUAUCUCAUCGACCCGCACACGCAGCGCGAGGAGCCCUUCAACGAGCACUGGCAGACGGUGCACUCGCUGUGCCACCCGUGCCACAUCCACUACGACCUCGUGGGCAAGUACGAGACGCUGGAAGAGGACUCCAACUACGUCCUGCGGCUGGCGGGGGUGGGCAGCUACCUCAAGUUCCCCACCUACGCCAAGUCGACGAGAACUACUGACGAAAUGACCACAGAGUUCUUCCAGAACAUCAGCUCCGAGCACCAAACGCAGCUGUACGAAGUCUACAAACUCGAUUUUUUAAUGUUCAAUUACUCAGUGCCAAGCUACCUGAAAUUGGAAUGAGGGGGGGAGGGGGUGGGGGGGAGAGGGAGAGAGUCGUGCUUUUUAAUUUAAGAUUUUUAUUUGUCAAAAGAAUUCUAUGGAUAGUGGGUUAUUUUGUAAAUUAAUAUUUUCUUUGGGGAUGAUGCUGCGAGCAGCAUGGUGAGAAUUAUUUAAAAUCCUUAGUAGGGAAGGACGGCUGUCUUUGCAGGAGAAUGGACGGGUGUCCUCGGUCUUAGACGGGAAUACUGCAACACUGUCUCAAAGGUUUCCUUGUGCUCUGGUGAAUUCCAUGAAUUGUACAUCCCAUACGUUCUAAUGAAUAUUAUUUAUAGUUAUUUAA